AUGGCGACGAACAGAAAUACCGGAGAAGACGACGGAGAAUUCGUCAUUGUAAAAUGCAUCGAUCCUAACGAUACGGAGUCGGAGUUAGAUGAAUUUCAAGAAGAUGGUGAAACGAUUUCCAUUUCAACUUCCGACGUUGACAGCUGGGACUUACCUUCUAUUCUCGCUCACAAAACCAUUCAUAUCAAAGCCAGUCGAAACAGGUUGAUCGACAAUUGUUCGUACUUCCGCGGGCUCUUAUGUGGAAGUUUUAGUGAAUCUUGCCGCAGUUCAGUUUCAAUCCGGUGGAACAAGUGGUCAUUCUUGAGCAUUUUGAGGUUCAUAUUUGGAUGUUCUGUGGAUUUAUACUCAAAUAAUUUCAUUAUUCUUCAUGAGGCUGCACUAUUUUUUGGGGUGGAAACACUACUCUCACAUUGUCAGAUUUGGUUGAGUGAAGUAACAUCUAAGAAAGGGCCUUUGCUUCCCUUACUUGAAUUAGAUGUUUUGAUUGAUAUUUGGAAAUAUGGUCUAGAGCACGUAAACGAUUUGAUCUCACAAAUAUGUAUCGGUUACUUGGCAAAAAACUUUGUAUGGGCAUCAUCUUGUAAAUCUUUUGUGGAUGUUCCGUAUCAGUUACUUUAUUCAUGCAUCCAGCACCCUUUUUUGACUGUAGAUAGUGAAAAGUUUCUGUGUGAUGCCAUUCUACUUUGGCUCUAUGCAAACGUUCAACAAUCUGGAUAUCUGAGCAUUAAUGAAGAUGCUUGCACUGCCAUAUUGCGACAGAUACGUUGUAACCUUUUGCCUUUGGGGUAUCUUGCUGGUAAAAGAAGAUGCAGUUUUUUUUCAAAAUUUGCGGACAGAAGUUUGGAUGAUGUCCUGAGUUUAUCAGGUUAUCCUUCUAGCUGUGUGGAGAGCAUAGCUGGAGAUGAUCAAUUGAGCGGUAUGACAAUUCGGUUAACAGAGUAUAGUAAGAAGGUAGAUCUUUCAGGAUGCCCACAAAUUAGGAUUAUCCUCCUCUCUUCUUUAAUUCCCUCUUCAAAGAACAAUGGUAUUGUUCACCACAAGAAUAUUAAGCAGCCUUCACUUGGCCGUCAUUCUCUCGAUGUGGCUCGAUUGCCUACUUUUUCUUUUGAAGCAGUGGAAGAAGUGGAUAUCUCCAAUUCUUCAAUUAUGGAUCUUGAAGAAGCAGUUAAGUUGUUCUGCAAGUCCUUUCCUUCCUUGGGAAAGCUAAGGGCGGCAAAUUAUUUAAACUUUGGAAUUGAGAAGUUGAAUGGCUUGUUGGCAAACUGCCCUCUACUUUGCGACCUUGACUUAGCUGUAGAUUUCAACCCUCUUGUACCAGCAAAAGUGUCCAUAGUAUCUUCUAGCCUAGCGCCUGCUCCAACAAGAUUGAUAGGCGAUCGGAGUUCUUGGGCAUCAUUAUCUUUCACUGCAAGGGGUCAUAGUAUGAAUACUUCAACUAUUGUUAGACUCUCGCUGGAGGGAAGAAGUGAAAUUUCUGACUCUGAUCUCCAAGCCGUAGCCAUCUCAUGUGCAUCCUUGUGUUUCCUCAACAUAAGUGGUUGUCUGUCAGUAACAGAUGCCGGAAUAUCGUUUGUCAUACUGAAUUGCCUUUCCCUUGAAUCUCUCUUGGCUUGUGAUACUUCUUUUGGGCCACAAUCAGUUCUAGCUCUUUGUUCUAUUGAACCUAUUCCUGAGGAUACCAAAGUGAGGAUACCAUUGCAGUCACGGGCUUAUAAAUUGCAGACUCUACAUAUAGGUGGCUGCAGCGGGGUUCCUGAUAUCUCUCUUUCAGAACUACUGUCUCAGACUCGUUUAGCAGAGAGCAUCUGUUUGAGAGAGACUCAACUUGGGGAUGAUGCACUUUAUCGUUUCCAAGGAUGUUCAUUAAAGAUGCUGGACGUUUCUGAAACCAAGGUUACCAGCGUUGCUCUUGCGCAUGUAGUUAAUCAAAAUCCUGGUCUGAAGUGCCUGAAAGCAAGAGGCUGCAAGUAUUUAUCUAUAGACAACAAAACUGAAGGAAGAGUGUUUUCUUCUUUGUUACAUACUUCAAGAGACUUGUAUUCUGAACUUGGCAGUUCUUGCAAGCUGUCAGAGUUUGCUAUUGGAUGGGGAUUCUCAUGGUUUGCUUUACAAACUUUGAAACCAGCUGUUGGAUCAUUAAGGACUCUGGUUGUAGGUUUAGGUGCAUCCCUUGGCCCUGAUGGUCUCAAGCUUCUACCCUUUUUUUGUCCUUCUUUGGAGACACUGGUGAUUUAUUUUCAGGUAAUAUCCGAUUCUGUCUUAGUAAGCGUUAUGCAGAGCUUUGAACAACUGCAAGUUUUGGCUCUCUGUUAUUGUUCUGGUGAGAUUUCCUCAUUAAGCUUUCAGUUCAGCAUGCCAAGUUUGAGGAAAUUGAAACUUGAAAGAGUAGCUGCAUGGAUGACCAAUGCAGAUUUGGUCAUUUUGACACAGAGUUGCAUGAAUUUGGUGGAGCUUUCAUUGACUGGAUGUAAGCGUCUUAAUGCAGAAUCCCAAGAUAUCAUUUCAAGUGGUUGGCCAGGCUUAACCUCCAUACAUCUAGAGGACUGUGGAGAAGUAACGACAGAUGGCGUGUCAUCUCUUAUGAACUGCCGAGCUCUUGAAGAUCUAUUACUACGUCACACUGGACAUGGGAUUCUGAAAAAUGUUAUUGCAAUGUUGACUUCUGAGAUGCCAAUGCUUCGUAAAAUUUCACUCGAUAUCUGUGAUGCAAAAGACUCGGACUUCGACAUUCCAGAUUUCUCUGGAAGGGGUUUCCUGAGCACGGUGAAGAUCGCCAAAUGCAAGAUGCAAAGAAGCCAUUUAGACCUCAACAAGAUGGAUUUUAGGAAGGCACCUGUGCAUAAAGAAACGUUGGUAAUGGUAUGGGACAGCAAGAAACUCGCGAGAUCUGUGGUUACGGAACGACUGUAG